AUGAAGCAGAUUUUCAUGAUUUUGACAGCUUUUGUGGCAUUUUCGACGGCUAAAAAGAAUGCGACAUUUUACGAGGUGGAAGAACCGAUUCAAGAUCGCUAUAUAGUCGUUAUGCAGCCUGGAUAUGACAUGUCCCCAAUCAAGAAACUUAUCCUUGGGGAUCGUUCUGGUAUCUUCACCGAUGCAGCUAUCAAACACACCUACUUUAAGACCAUUCGAGGAUUCUCAGUUAAACUGCCGAAAAGAGGACUUGAAAAGCUGCUAGCUAGAGAGGAGAUCAAGUACAUUGUCCAGGAUAGUGUUGUCCGAAUGUCCUCAGUAUCCUCAUGGGGCUUGGACCGUGUAGAUCAGAAGGACCUUCCUCUUGACGGAAAAGCAGAUUACACAGGUGAUGGCACAGGUGUUAAUGUUUAUAUCGUUGAUACUGGUAUCUAUCCUGGUAGUCUCUACUUCAAUGGUCGGGCCGAAGUUGCCUUUGAUUCGAUAGAAGAGCAUCAGGGUCCCGCUUACGGUAUCGACUGCAAUGGUCAUGGUACUCAUUGUGCAGGGACGAUAGGAGGAGAUUUGUUUGGAGUGGCACCUGGUGUUAAACUCUACGGGGUUCGUGUUCUAGACUGUGAAGGAAAUGGAAACACGGCUAAUGUCCUUGCAGGUCUUGAAUACGUAGCGAAUUCUGCCAACUCACCUGCCGUUGCUUCUAUGUCUCUUGGUGGUAAAUCCAAUCCAGCUAUAGAUGAAGCUGUGGAGGGUAUCAUCAAGGCUGGAGUAACAGUGGUGGCGGCUGCUGGAAACUCGAACAAGGAUGCGUGUUCUUAUUCCCCUGCUAGAGUUAAAGAGGCGAUUACGGUAGGUGCUACAGGUUCAAACGAUAAGAAGGCACAUUUCUCCAACUCCGGUGAAUGCAUCGACAUCUUCGCUCCGGGGGUUGCUAUUCCUAGUGUUGGGAUUGGCGGUGUAGAAGACUCCAUUAUACUUGAUGGCACAUCUAUGGCCUGCCCACAUGUUGCAGGUGCUGCAGCAAUAUCUAUCGGAAACGCUAAUGGAAUGGCACCAUCAGAUGUCAAGACCAAGAUUGAAAAUGAAGCCACCGAAGGAAAGAUAACCGGCAUCUCACCCGAUACUCCUAACCGGCUACUCUUCAUACCUUAG